AUAAAGACCCGAGUCUCCCCGCCUGUGUUUUGUUUUCCUGGGGGGAGGGAAGGGGGUAAAGUCACGGUCCUAGCCCCCGCCUGGGAGCGUGGAGUCUUUAAGUCUUGCGUCCUGAGUCGCAGAUGGCUUGUUCUGCGUCCUGGGGCCAGCCACUACGUAGGGCUCAGUUCCCCUGUCCUGAAACCAAAAAAGGACGCAGGGGUCAUUAUAGUGGGGAGGUGGUGGCAUCGGACUCCAGGGAGUGCCGCUUGUUCACUGUAGGUCGCCCCGCUGCCCCCCUCGUGUGAGAAAUAGGGGGAUCCUUACGCAGGAGGGCUCUGCGACCCCGGGCGCCCCGUGGGUGGAAUGGGGUCCCUGGGGAUGGGGGAGUCGGGCGCCGCUGGGCUGGAGGAUGCUGAGCGAAGGCCCCGGCACAGAUGAGAAUCCACCCACUGGCGUCGCCGCCGCGGGCUCAGGUUGCUCAGCAACGAGAGAACGCGGGGCGGGAGCUCGCGCUGGUCCCCAUCCCGCCGCCCGUCUCCUGCCGGCUUCCGCAUCCGUUUUUCCCCAGGUCCCCUUUCUCCGUUGCUCCUUCUCUAGGGAUAGGAGAGGUCACUUCCCGGCCCUCCGCAGGGUCACAGCUCGGUUCCUCCCCGCCCGCCCUCCGGGGAGGUUAGCAACGGUUGCUACGGCCCGGAGCGGGCGCUGCCCCGCCCCACCGCGCGCUGUCUGACGUCACUUCCGCCCGCGACCCCCUUCCAGACCCGCUCCCGAAACCUUGUGGAAGGGCGAAAGGCGACCCGUGCAGGUGCACGACGCCAGCUCCCUUCUGGGGAGCAGGGGCCUGGGGGCUGCCAUGGCCCCCAGCCACCUGUCAGUGCGGGAGAUGAGGGAAGAUGAGAAGCCCCUGGUGCUGGAGAUGCUGAAGGCCGGCGUGAAGGACACGGAAAACCGCGUGGCCCUCCAUGCCUUGACACGGCCGCCGGCCCUGCUCCUCCUGGCGGCGGCCAGCAGCGGCCUGCGCUUUGUCCUGGCUUCCUUCACCCUGGCCCUCCUCCUGCCGGUGUUCCUGGCUGUGGCCGCCGUGAAGCUGGGCCUGCGGGCCCGAUGGGGCUCUCUGCCUCCGCCGGGUGGCCUGGGGGGCCCCUGGGUGGCCGUGCGGGGCUCCGGUGACGUGUGUGGGGUCCUGGCUCUGGCCCCUGGCACAAAUGCAGGGGACGGGGCCCUGGUCACCCGCCUGUCUGUCUCUCGCUGGCACCGCCGCCGGGGCGUGGGCAGGAGGCUGCUGGCCUUCGCGGAGGCCCGGGCUCGGGCCUGGGCUGGGGGCAUGGGGGAGCCCCGGGCCCGGCUCGUGGUCCCCGUGGCUGUGGCCGCCUGGGGGGUGGCGGGGAUGCUGGAGGGCUGCGGAUACCAGGCCGAGGGGGGCUGGGGCUGCCUGGGCUACACACUGGUGAGGGAAUUCAGCAAAGACCUGUGAAGCUACAGACUGACAGCCAGGGCAGGGGAGGAGGGAGGGGCGCCAGCACCUGAUGAGCGCCUACUGUGUGCGGGUACUUUUACCUGCCCUCCCUCAGUGAGUCCUCAGCCACCCGGGGCCCAGAAACAGAGGCCUGCCGAGGGGAGGAGCCUGGCCCCUGUCCACCCGUCAGCAGUGUGAAGUCUGUGGUGUUUGAGCUUCUCAGAGUGGAAUGACUCCUUUUCCUUCCUGGCCCUCAGGGGCCUCUCGAGGUCAGCCUCUCCAACCCCUACCUCAGCUCUGUCUGCACUGAGAAACCUCCCCGGCUGAUGUCUGCAAUCUGUGCUGUCCAUGCCCCAGGCUGGGAGAGCUAUCUGGGGAGGGGGAGAGGAGGCCGAGCAGAAUACACCCCAGAGUUAGGGUUUGCGACUCCGCCUCCCUGGGACCUGGAUUGGGUCAGAUGCUUGUCCUUGGAGGGGACAAGGUUGACUGCUUAGGGGGCGCGGUGCACAGGGCUGCCAGGCCUGGCCCCUUUCUGGGAAGCUUGAGAGCUGAGACGGGCAGCCCUGUCCCUUCCUCCAGAUGCGUCUGGUUUUUUACGCCGUUUGUUAAUAAAGCCUGAAACUGCUG